GGCCCCCCUCCCCCUCGGAUGUGGCUCGAGCUGAAGGCGCGCAGGGCCGGAGACGCUGCAGACGCGAGACCCGGAGCAGCUCCGAGGCGGUGAAUUUUUUAACUAGUGACUGACUGGAAAGAGGGAGGGUUUCCAAGAAGAAACCAAGUUGGGAUUACCUAGUCGCCUCUUAAGACUGUUACGAGGUCUAGAGGAAAAAUUCACGUAGCUCUUCAAGUCUGCAAUAAAAAAUGGCAUCCAAUAAAACUACAUUGCAAAAAAUGGGAAAGAAACAGAAUGGGAAAAGUAAAAAAGUUGAAGAGGCAGAGCCUGAAGAAUUUGUGGUGGAAAAAGUACUGGACCGACGUGUAGUGAAUGGGAAGGUGGAGUAUUUUCUGAAGUGGAAGGGAUUCACCGAUGCUGACAAUACUUGGGAACCUGAAGAAAAUUUAGAUUGUCCAGAGUUAAUUGAAGCAUUUCUUAAUUCUCAAAAAGCUGGUAAAGAAAAAGAUGGUACAAAAAGAAAAUCUUUAUCUGACAGUGAGUCUGAAGAUAGCAAAUCAAAGAAGAAAAGAGAUGCCGCUGAUAAACCAAGAGGCUUUGCCAGAGGUCUUGAUCCUGAACGAAUAAUUGGUGCCACAGACAGCAGUGGAGAAUUAAUGUUUCUCAUGAAAUGGAAAGAUUCAGAUGAGGCAGAUUUGGUGCUGGCAAAAGAGGCAAAUAUGAAGUGUCCUCAAAUUGUAAUUGCUUUUUAUGAAGAGAGACUAACUUGGCAUUCUUGUCCAGAAGACGAAGCCCAAUAAUUAUUUGCGUUGCCUUUUAUAUAUAUUUAUAUAUAUAUAUAAAAUCCGGGUCUUGGUUUUGUUUUUGUUUUUGUUUUUUUGAUUUAUUAGUGUGAAGAAAUAACUACAUUUACAUUCUAAUGAAAAUCAAGUUUGAUAUGUUUGUUUUGAAGUAGUAUUCGGGGAGUUGUUGGGGGGUGGUUUUGCAUCUAGAGCACUGGUUACUUUGAACAGAAGCUUUCUGUAGUUGCUUCCUUUAUCAGAAAAGAACAUUUGAUGCCAUGGUAUAUUUUUUCCUCUGCAUUAGAGAACAGCUUUUCUAAAUGUUGGGGGAAAUCUCCACUGUCAUUACUGAGUUGGAAUUUCUGUUUCAACUCAUAUAUGCCUAAGGACCAUUCUGGGGUUUUUGUUUAUUUAAGGGUUUCGGGUGUGUAUACAUAGAAUACAUAAGUAAAUGGUUUUCUUUCUUUGUUUAACAUUUACUACAAUAAAAAGCAUUUCACGACCAUG